CCGGGAUUGGUGGUCGUAGGCGGCGCCCCCCACUGGGGCCACUGAGAACGGUGCACUGGAGCUGAACUUCAGGGGGCGCCUCCGCUACCAGAGGCUCCAGAGCGCUGCAUUGGUAUGGUGGCCGCCAGCCCAACGCCUCGAGAUAAAGACACCUCACGCUUGGCCUGCGACUGUCUCAACGCCGGAACCAUCAGAGGGACAAUUGGCGGCCGGUGUCGGGCCUGGUCCCGUCUGUUUCGAAAUAUCAAUACCAUAACAUCAUAUAUCUUCCGCUUGCCCACAAACCGAGCCGUUUCACCGCUCGAGCCCGGUUCUGAAAUGACGCCCACCCCGGUCCCUUAUGCGAAACUUCACAUGUUGAGUUUUCUGUGUGGGUGGACAAAGUACGACAGCCGGAAGCAGAGCCAACGUCAUCUUUUGUUUACAUGGAUCAUAUCAACAUCCCAUCGCGUCAACAACAAAAAAAAAAUCUCAAACCUUUUUUUUCGAUCCCGCGUUCCGCUUUUCCAUCGGAAACCCACAAGCUCCGAUCGGCCCAGGCCUGGGCCGCUCCAAAAUACGACAUUGCGGCUUGAGAUGCACAUUUCAUGCAACGCCUCACAAUGCCUAUCCUCGGGCCAGGUCGCUCGGGAUAUCCCUGUCUUCCUUAUCCCGUCCCACCCAAAAAAAAACCCAACCUGUUCGUUCUGUUGCCCGGCGUUACCGUGGCUGGCCUAACACAGUCACGUCAUCUACACAGCCAGAGGCUUGCAGUGGGAGCUGAAUGUACAUCAUGUCAACAGCCAGCAGUCAUUGAAGCAUCCUGACUCGUCGGACACCCGCAUUCAGCUUGAGGCUGUGUGACACAUGGAUUGCUUGUUUCAACAAAAAGGGUAUGUAGAUUCAAUUUGUUGUGUUGCAACGCCAUUCAGUAGAGGAACAGUCGCUUCUUGGCGUCUUCCACCACCCACGCCAAUCCCUCCUUGAGAUUGUUGCCCGUCAUGGCACUGCAUGGCAAAAUGUGCCAGUGGUGUGUCCGUAUGGACUCCAGUUGCAGAGACUAGGCAUCCGAAGUCGGUCAUUAGCCUCGUCCUUGAUGUCCUCUCUUGCCUACAACUUACCGCGAGAAUCUCUUGCUCUGUCA